CUUGCAAAUUAUGGAACAAGGACAAGGAGGCCAAGGCGAGCUCAACUGGCGCCUCAGCGCGCACCCGAUCACGCUACUUGUCUUCUUGGGCAUUCGGAUCGGCGCGCUACUGAUGUAUCUAUUUGGUGUACUCUUCAUCGAUGACUUCAUCCUCGUUUUUAUUUUCACCCUUCUCCUCCUCUCUGCGGAUUUCUACUACCUCAAAAACAUUGCGGGACGCCGGCUGGUCGGCCUACGUUGGUGGAACGAGGUUGACACCUCGACCGGCGACUCGCAGUGGGUCUUCGAAUCAUCCGACCCCAACGUUCGCACUGUGACCGCCACGGACAAGCGGUUCUUCUGGCUGAGCUUGUAUGUCACACCUGCUCUGUGGGUGGGCCUUGCCAUAUUGGCCAUUGUGAGACUUGUCGGUGUGAUUUGGCUUAGUCUGAUCGUUAUUGCGCUCAUCUUGACUAUCACAAAUACCAUGGCCUUCUCUCGCUGUGAUAAGUUUGGCCAGGCCUCCACAUAUGCUAACUCGGCUUUGGGUGGUGGUAUUGUGAACAACAUCGCUGGUGGCCUGCUGGGCAGGCUAUUCCGGUAA